CUUCUACGAUUUGGUGAACCAAAACAUAAACAAAGUGCACGCGAUCCUGCCGGCAUCGGAUGGAAGAGUACAAGAAAUUAAUCUGGUCCCGACACAAUCCCCGCUCGGAAGGGAAGCUGCUCGAGCAGGCGUCGAUCGAUUUCGCCGACUAUCACAAUGACAUCUUCAAUCUGCACAUUAACGAAAUCGAUCCGAUGCAUCAGAUCGAGGACAUUAGUGCCGCCGAUACGGCCCUCUUCCUGCCGCUGGAAAUGCCCUCCGAUCCGCGGACGGGGCAAAAGAUACAGCAGCUGGAGGUGAAAUGCGUUCAACCGCUGCAGCUGUUUAGCCGGUUCCCCUCCGGUUCGGUACUGACCCGCCAGGAGCAUCAGCACUGUCUGACGGUGCAGAAUCGUAUCAACAUGCGGCUGCCUUUUACCACCGCCGAGGAGAAGAAAAAGUACGCCCGCUACCAGGUGCUGAUGGAAAAGCUUGCGCCGGAGAAGGAAAUGUUCGACAGCUUCGUGCGGAACCACUUCAACACGCAUCUGCUGCGCCGGGUGCAAACGAUCGAGCCCGAGCUGAACGAGCUGGUGGUGCGCAUUUGGCAGGCGAAGGUACAGGAACGGAUCGGUCUCCAGCGGGAGCUCGGCGGGCUGUACGUGCUGAUGACGGUGGUGCCGUUCUUUGGCCGCGCGGAAAACGCAACCAACGUGAGCUUUGAGCCGUACGGACAGGAGCAGGAGCAGGCUCGGGAAACGGGCACGGUGCGGAAUUUGUUCAGCGAGAAUGUGUUGCGCUGCAUUUCACUCAAACGCAACGAACGCGUGCUGGAGGCUUUUGCGCACGAGUGGACCUCGGUGCGCUGCACGCGGGACCAGUAUCUGGCGGAUGUGGACGCGUGUCUGGCCGAGCUGCCCGACGUUUCGCUCGUCGUGCCGGCGGGUGCAUUGACGCUGCUGCUAAACUAUGCACAAAACGCCCAGGAACAGUGGACGAUACCGUUUCAGGUGAAGAAAAUGGCCGACGGCCGGCACGUGCUUAUCAUGGACAGCAGACUGCCACCGACCCGGCUGUCGACGCACGCACGAAAGGUGAAAGCGUAUAAGCUGCUGGUUAGAAGCUUUACCACCUUUCUGGCAUCGCAGAAAUCAAACGCUGAAUUGGAUAAAUCAGAUGCCACAGUGGAAAAGGACACUGCAGAAGGCCCCUUCAGACCACUUCCGUUUGAUGAGUUUAUGCAACAGUUGGCACAGAAGAAAACGGCCAACGAAACAACGCGUGAGAACCGGUUUUACCAGCCGUGGAAGUUGAAGGAUCAAGAGGAGGAGCAUCAGCUGCUGGUGUGCUACCGGCAGGAUUGCUACGAAUCGUUUCGCAAGAUGCGCGUCUUUAUGAACUUUUCCAUCAAGCUGGAGUAUCAACCAGAGUUUGGUGCGGAACAGAUGACACUGCCGGAGCUGCUGCAGGAGUGGGCUCGCCAGCUGCUGCGUCCCCACUCGAAAACGAUGCGCCUGCGCAUCAACAGCACGACCUCAACGAUCAUCUCCCACCACUAUCUGGAGCUGCGCGACAUCGAGGAAGAGCUGAACCGACUGUACGGCGUAAAGCCGCACAAUCUGCUCACGAACGUGUGGAAAAUGCUGAAGCUGAUGCGCAACUUUCCCGCCGGCCAGUAUCUGCUCAAGCGCGACGGCAAAAGCACCCAGGGACCGUCGGUGUACGCGCGCCCGAGCGAACGGAGCGGAGGACUGGCGGGACAGAACGCUCCCAGCGGAAUCAGCUUGAACUGGGAGGAGUUGCUGUGCAAGGUGGAGUACGAUUGUCCACCGCUGGAGCAGUACGAUUGGAUACCGAUCGAUAAGUUUGUGAUAACGCAGCUGCACCGGACGAACACGCUGUUCCCGUGCAGCUUCCCGCACUGGACGAACUUGCGGUGGCUAAACACGCGCCAAAGCCAGAUGAAGGCGAAGCCGGUGGAAAAGAAAGCAUCCGGCGGCAAGAAGAAGAAAGGCGCUCAGAAAGAGGGUGCAGGGUCUGGAGCGGCGGCGGCAACUACGGUGGCGACGCAGGUGCCACCAGCAACCAAAGUGCUCACCCCAGUACAGUUGGCACGGCGGGAGAAGGUGAGGCUACGGAGGCAGCUAGCGCGGGAGAAAAAGUUAAAAGCGGAGACGAUUCAACAAUCGCUCCACCAGUUCGCUCCUUAUGCGGGGUCGGUUCAGGGAAAGCAUCCCGAAGGGAACACGGCAGAAGGGAGGGAUGGUGCUGCUACCGGGGGAAAGGACCAGCCGGUUUCGGCGGUGCAGCAGGCGUCCGCAAUCGUUGACUAUAAAUCUUAUGUGGAGCAAGCUGCGCUCAGUCCGGAUGAGCAGUUGUGAUCGCAAUGGGCACAUGAAUUCAUAGCGUAACAUGCAAGAUUUGUGAUCUUAAAUAUAGAUUAGGAUUUGCUGCCCUAUCUCUGACGAUCGGUCGGGUACUA